AUGGUCCCAUUACGACUCGUUUUAUCGGUUCUCACAUACUGCCUUUUGCCGUUUAUUUGCGCAUCACCAAAUAUAAAUUAUCGUUAUUUAUUUGAUAAGGAUGGUUAUUACACAUCUAAUACUUAUUAUGACAAAUUGUGCUCAAAAGAGGUCAGAAAUUCAUUGAUAUGUAUGGUUUUGAAAAUUAGCCCUCUCAACUAUUUUAUUUCUGCGGCAAAGUCAUAUCUUAUUAAUCUAAUUGAAUUGCCGCAAUCUGAAUGCCUUUAUAUGGAUUAUCAUAAUAGAUCUAUUAUGACCAAGUUAUCUCCACACGUGUAUGUAGUGUACCCUUUUAUGAACGAUUCUAUCACUUUUUAUAAUCUUCCAAAAGUUGCAAAAGAUCAAAUUCAAUUUUUCGAUAAUAUCAGCUUAAUUCAGAUGAAAGAUAACGACGAUAGCUUCGAGUCUUGUAUAAUAAUCGUUGGCGAAGUGUGUAGGUUCAAUGUUAAUUUUUCAUCAAAUUUAUCCUUGUUAAUUAAGGGUUCCAAACUCAAUAUAUUGCCAAUUUCUACUGCAAACGAGCCUUUCAUCUCCAAAAUAAAUUACCCGGUAAAUCAAUCGAUGGGCUUUCGUUUUCCGUCUUCGAAGGAGUUUAAUGAUCAUAUAAGUGCCGUGAUCAUCAAUCAAUUUCUUAGUUACAAAAAUGAUAUGCUGAAGAAGCUCGACAGUAGCCUUUUGUUUCGUGAAUGUGUUCUCAUGAACGAGCUUGAUAUUCUUUUUUAUAACAUUAAUCAAUUUCCCCUUCAAAUUUACAACGACAUUAAAAAAUUCAAGACUUUUAUCAUGGAUGGGUUCUAUCACAUAACAUACGUCAUGUACACCAAACUCCAGGAAAUUUGGAAAUCAAUUCAAAACAGUAAUAUGGAUACCAUUCACGCUUUUAUUCAAAAAUUCGUCACUGCUUAUGGUCAAUAUGAACUUGACCUUUACUCUGGUUUAAAAUUUAUUAUGGACCAUCUCGUUUACAGUGAGAUUCUUAAAGUUUCCAGUUUAUACUUUAACAGCUCUUCUACGCAGUUGGAGAAUUUUUCAAAAAGUUUGACGAGGCUUGAGUCUUCCAAAUUACUAUCCGACUCUAAUGAACACAUAAAGAAGUUAUCGGUGAUUUUAGAUAGGCAAUGUCAAGCUCCUUCUAAAUUUGGCCCUGUUUCUACCACUUCCUUUUUCAAAAAGGCUGAAAGUGCCUAUGUUCUACUGUAA